AUGCGCACUGUGCGCAUCGUGGCCCAGGCCGUCCCCGACCGGCCGUCUGGCGGCGGCAGCCGCUCUGCACCCCCGACCCCCCUGGGCUCCGAGCCCUACCAGGCCCCCUCCUACACCACCCCGGCCCCCGCGGCGCAGCCCGUGCCCGUGGUGGUGAACGUGGCCGCCCCCAACUCUGCCCCCAAUGGUUCUGUCGCGGUUAGCAACGAGGUGGCCACCAGCAGCGUGCUCACGCCGCCGCAGAUCUACGAGAAGGCGGCCGCCGCGGGCGCCUACAAGACCCAGCUGCCGUGGUGGAAGAUUGUGCUGCUGGGCGCCGUGGCGGGCUGCUACGUGGGCCUGGGCGGGGCGCUGCUGCUGACGGUGGGCCCCAACUGCCCCGGCAUCGCGGCACAGAACCCCGGCCUGGCCAAGUACAUCACCGGCGCCAUCGGCUUUCCCUUUGCGCUGCUGCAGAUCAUCGUGUGCGGCUCGGAGCUGUUCACGGGCAACACCGCGCUGUGCUGGACGGCCCUCCUGGAGGGCAAGGCCACGCUGCGCGGCGUGCUGAAGAACUGGGUGUGCGCGUACGCGGGCAACAUGCUGGGCUGCGCCCUCAUGGUCGCCAUCUUCGCCAACACCGGCCUGCUGCCGCAGCUGGCGCGCGGCGCCGAGUCGCUGGCCAUCUACAAGACCUCGGCCACCUUCACGCAGGUCUUCCUCAAGGCCAUCUGCGCCAACUGGUUUGUGUGCCUGGCGGUGUGGCAGUGCCUGGGCACCAACAGCCUGGGCGGCAAGUUCAUCGCCUGCCUGGGCCCCGUGUCCGCCUUUGUGUGCAUCGGCCUGGAGCACUGCAUCGCCAACCUGUUCUUCGUGCCCCUGGGCAUAGUCUGCGGCGCCAACGUGACCAUGCAGCAGUUCAUCACCCUCAACCUCAUCCCCACCACCCUGGGCAACAUCGUGGCCGGCACGCUGUGCAUGGCCACCGUCUACUCCCUGCUCUACGGCUCCCUGGGCCGCAAGAUCACCGGGGAGGCCAAGGCAGCGUGA